AUGUUGCGAAUAACGAUCUACUUACGCCUUCGUGUUAUAGAAGUUGAAAUGAUUUUCAGUGUCGAAUGGUCUUGUUGGCCUGAGAGAUCCUCGAAGUGCGCGCGGAGGGACAUCUCGUGCCUUCGUAUGCACGUGUAUCGACUCAUCGGCAAGGGGGCGAACGUUGAUUUCGAUUCCGAGGCUUUUUGUUACUUAUAUAAGAAGAAAGAACAGGAUGAAGGCGGUGCUUUCUUCCGCCCUCGCAGAGACUGCUCAACCAUGUUGAAACGAGGCUUGCUAUCCGUCUUGGGUCUUGCAGGACUCGUCCGUGCUGAUCCAUACAACACCUUCGACGGCCCAGGAUUCCCAGCUUGUCUAAAUGUCGCCGCUGUCCAUAACCCCACCACAAUCGACCAGGCUGUCGCGAUCGUAAAGGAUGCGAGUGCACGCGGCAUUCCCGUCCGCGCUAGCGGUAACGGACAUAUGUGGUAUGACACGAUGUGCUCCGACGAUCCGAGGACAAUCAUCAUUCGAACGGAGAACCUGAACCGAAUUUCUGAUCUCGUGUUGGACGGUGACAAGGGUAGCGUUGUUGUCGAAGGAGGUGUUACGUUCAACCAAGUAGCUGAAUGGCUGCACCAACGCAACGCGUCUUUGGGCUACACGCUGGUGAACUGGAACAUCACUCUAGGCGGUGCGAUGGCCAUGGGUGCUCAUCGUUCAUCUUUGGGAGAAGAUUCGCAGGUGUCAACGUCGGCCCUGUCGUUCGAUAUAAUCAACGGCAAAGGCGAGCUCGUCCACCUCGACAGGGACCAGUCCAGCGAUACAUGGCUUGCUGCCACGACUUCUCUUGGCCUCAUGGGUAUCAUCGUCCGUAUAAAGAUGGAAAUCCUUAAGGACUUCAAGGUGUACGCGAACCAGGAGACUGUCGACGAGAAGGAUGUUUUGAACGGCGAUAUUUAUGCUGAAAUAUCUCCUUUCGUGACCGCGAACUAUUGGUGGUGGCCAGGUCCUAAGAAGUUCCACAAGAGAACCUACGGUGUCGUCCCGAUCACUCGCUCCGGAAAUGCCUUCCAGUCCACCUUCUCCGUCACUGAGUUCGAAGCGAACUUGGCCAAAUCUCUGCUGGAUGCCGGCCAGAACUCCAGCCUCCAGAACUUCAUCACUGAGGGCAUCUUCUACGCUCUCUGGCGUGCGCCAAACUUCCGGGAGAAGACGAACAACCUCCCACUCAUUUCUUGGCCCGUGCACGGCUACGCCUACGAUGUCCUCAUCGGUGGCUUGUACCCUGACUACAAGACCCAAUGGGACUACGGCAUGCGUGGACUGACUUACGAGAUCGCCGUCCCAGUCACGUUGGCCAACCCGCUCCUCAAGCGUGUCCGGCAACUCUUCGACGAGUCCGCGGCUGAAGGAAAGGCAGUCACCUCGACCUACCGCAGCGGUAUCAACAUCAAGUUCGGAAAAGCCUUCGACAGUCUCUUGGGCCAGACCACUACCCUCCAGAGCAACAAGACCUACGAUUGGUCAAAGGGUGCUAUCAUGUUCGACUUCCCCAGCUACCGCCCGACCACUGGUGACCACUCCAGAUAUAACGAGCCAUGGUACGACAGAAUGCAAAAAGCCCUUAUCGAUGAGUUCCCAACCAGGGUCCACUGGUCGAAGGUUACCAGGGAGGUCAUCCAGUACUCCGUGAAGAAUCUCGAUCCCGAGUUGCUGAGGCGCUUUGCUGCCGUCCGCAAGGAGUUCGACCCACAGGGCACCUUCAAGAGUGUCGUCGGGGACCGGAUAUUCCGGGCCGCCUUUAUAUGCCUCUUCAGCAUCGAGCUCGUCGUUGUCGACGACGACCACGCUAUUUCCAUUUAUGAACACCCGAUGAUUCGAUUUAUACUCGUACAGAACAGACAGGGCAAGACAAGAUUGUCGAAGUGGUAUGUCCCCUACGAUGACGACGAGAAGGUGAGACUACGUGGAGAAGUGCAUCGUCUAGUGGCUCCUCGGGAUCAGAAAUAUCAAUCGAACUUUGUCGAGUUCCGCAACUAUAAGGUCGUAUAUCGUCGAUAUGCUGGCCUAUUCUUCUGCCUGUGUGUUGACGCGAACGACAACGAGUUGGCAUAUCUCGAAGCUAUCCACCUUUUCGUCGAGAUCCUCGACACGUUCUUUGAUAAUGUAUGCGAGCUGGAUCUAGUAUUCAAUUUCUACAAGGUCUACGCGAUUCUAGACGAGAUAUUCCUGGCCGGUGAGAUCGAGGAGACGAGCAAGGACGUGGUGCUGUCGCGACUAGAGGAGCUGGAGAAAUUGGAGUGA